ACCAAGAACGCCGAAAGAGAAACCAGGAAGAGAGCGACAAAGACAGCGCCUUUGAGCGAAGAAUCCAUCGCCCCAAAGCGGGUUCGUCGUCUUUCGUUUCGGCUUUCACGUAGAGAGCAAACGAACCCGCGUGCGUCCCUGCCUAACCUUGUCUCUUCCGAAAUGUCCCUUUUAUUCUCCGCAUAAAGCCGAUCGGCUUCGGCUCGAAAGCCGUGCCUUUUUGUGGAUCGGAACCGACCCACGAGACCGAAGAUUUCAUUUUUUUUUCGUUCUUAUCUCGGUCCGGCUCUCCGCCAGCUCUGUUUCCUUUUCCAGCAGGAACAAUGAUUAAGCUCUUCAAAGUAAAAGAAAAGCAGAGAGAAAAUGCUGAAAAUGCAAAUGGAAGGGGACCUGUAAAGAAGCAAAGUGCGGGGGAGUUGCGCCUUCACAAAGAUAUUACUGAGCUGAACCUACCAAACUCAUGUGCAAUAACAUUUCCAAAUGGAAAGGAUGACUUGAUGAACUUUGAGGUCUCAAUUCGGCCUGAUGAAGGAUAUUAUGCAGGUGGCACCUUUGUGUUCACUUUUCAAGUUUCUCCAAUCUACCCCCACGAGUCACCGAAAGUAAAGUGUAAAACCAAGGUCUACCAUCCGAAUAUUGAUUUGGAAGGAAAUGUUUGUCUGAACAUCUUGCGUGAAGACUGGAAGCCUGUACUGAAUAUAAACACCGUCAUAUAUGGAUUGUUUCACCUUUUCACGGAACCAAAUUAUGAGGAUCCCCUCAAUCACGAUGCUGCAGCCGUGUUGAGGGACAACCCGAGGGUCUUCGAGACUAAUGUGAAAAGGUCUAUGGCGGGUGGCUACGUGUGUCAAACUUUUUUCCCCAGGUGUAUAUAGCUUUGGUCAGAUAUUCACCGGCGUUAACUGUGAAACUAUUGUAUCAGAGUCUGAAUGCCCGUCUUGCCAUAUAAAUCAUAUGUGAAUCCACCUUGCUGAGAAGAAUUGGGAUGGAAAUUUCUCGGAACAAACAAGUGAAUCUUAGCGGUUAGAUAUCUGUAGCUUGUGUGACCUGUGGUCGGAAUAUCAGUCAUGCUGUUGGAAUGAUGCACAUAAACAGUAUGCAUUAUGCUGUAAGGAAAAUGUCGAACCUCCUCUCUCUCUC